UAUUUGUAUUUUAAAAUAUAAAUGCGCGAUUAUUUAUGGUUCUUCGUGUGAGAUAUCAAGCGGUUUGUUAAUAGGCGUGAAAAUAAAAAUCAAAUUUGUGACCCAUUAAGAAACGAAUUAUAGCCACAGAAUAUGAGUCUCAAACUGCUGGCGAUUGUUAGUGCUCUGCUCCUGGUGGCGUUGUCCUGGAGCCAAGUCCUGGGCGCGGCGACCACAGUGCGUCCCUACAAGUUCGGCUUCACCAUCGACGAGCAGAUGCAUCGGCAGGAGAAGAGGGAUGAACGCGGCAUUGUUAUGGGCGAGUUUGGGUUCAUCACCGCCGAUGGAAUCUACCAUGUGACGGUCUAUGCCACCGAUGAGGAGGGCAAGUUCCGGAUAAUUUCCAUGAAGAGUUACCCCUACAAUGGACCCAUCGGAGCGAAGAGUGUCCCUGCGGUCACAACGCCAAAGGCCCUGCCUGCUCCUGCUGCUCCUGCUGCUCCACCACCACGUUAUAAUUUCAACACGGAGGCCUGCUCCGGCUGCUUCCUCAAGAAGACCCCCGUCAAGACAGGCAUUCGCACUCUCUCACAGCCUCUUGCUCCAGGUAAGCCAACGGAUAGGGGCCUCAAUGUCCAGUUGCCCUUCCGGGAGUCCAUUGCCCAGACAGUGGCCACACAACUCGGCUUGGGACAGGUCACACAGCACUCCACGCACACUUACACGAACCCCAGUGCCAAGAUCCCCACGAAGGACAUCGAGAUGGGCCUGCAGCUGGCCAUGACCACCUAUUACGACUCCAAGGCCGCCGUCACCGGACACGUGAGCACUCAGACCCAAAAAUCGGGUUCCCCGAGUAGCACCAAGGUGGACUAUAAUGUGGGCGUGACCCGGAAGGCGGGACCGGUGACAUAUUCAUCUCUCAAUACCCGUCUAAGCGAGGAUGCCAUCCGAUCGGCCAGCUCUUAUUCGGGUCAGGUAACAGUUCCUCGGCCCUUGGGACAGCAGCCUCUGGUGGCCCCUUCCAGUGGUCAACCGGCAGCCCUUUUCAGCAAUUCCCGUCCAGGUGUUAAUAGUGGCCACGCCCUUCGAGGGGGAGUGGCUUCCGCCAAGACGGUUUCCGGUUUGAAGGCACCACACACUACACUCGCACACACACCUCUUUUGAAUUCAGCAACCACAACGGGUGUUUCGGGAGUGGCAGCCCAUACACCAACCGGAAGUACACCCUCGUAUAAUAAUGGUGGAGCUGGAGUUGGAGGAGGAUCAGGAGCUGGCGUGGGAGGAGGAGCUGGCGCUGGAUUAGGCGGCGUCACUGGUGGAAGUUUCCCGCUUGGCAAGUCACCAGCUGGAGGCGUUUCCGGCAAGCCGCAGUUUGGUUCCACGGGUAAGGGAGGUGUUUCCGGUGGUGUAGGACCCUCUGGAGGAUUUGGUGCCUCCGGAAAUGCUGGAGGAUCUCGAGGAGCUGGAGCCUCUGGAGGAGCUGGAGGAUUUGGAGCCUCUGGAGGAGCUGGAGGAUCUGGUAAAUCUAGCGGAUCUGGCUCUGGAGUCGGAGGAGGCAGUGGCAGUGGGACAGGCACCAUUUCCCGCGGCGACACCGGCGACCUGUACAAGUUCAAGUACGUGCUGGACUACAACGGGCACGAGGAGACUGGCAGCCGGAACGGCGACAAGCAGGGCAGCUACUUUGCCAUCGGCGAUGAUGCAGUCGAGCGGACCAUCGAGUACAUAGCCAAUGAGUAUGGAUUCCAGCCGCACAUCAGCUGGAAGAAGCUGGACGGGAAGGCUGCCCUGCCGGAAGAGAACUCCCUGAAGCACUACGAGUUCAAGUGGUUUAAUUAGUCGAAUUUCGAAUUCUCCCCCUU